CAGGAAACUAUGCCUCAGAGCCCCAGUGGAUCAGAGUCACCUGAUUACAAUAAUGAGGAAUUUAUCUUCAAUGGCAUAAACUUAUUGACACACGUAAAUUCCAAGGCCAGAAAGCCAAAGCUUUAUGCGACGGCUUUGCUGUCAAUUCUCUUCUCCGAUGAAGAUAUGAGAAAUGGCUGCGUUGAGCCAAAAGAUGGUGGGUCAAAGAAGCCAGCAUUGGACCAGGCUAAAAUAGACCUGAUGAAAAAGUGUAUAAAGAUUCGAUAUGGGGAAAAGCUCCUAGACAAGAGCUGGUCUGAAAUACGGACCAGCUUAAACCAGAAAUGCCUCGAUAAGCUCAAGGCAUUUCGCAAAUCAGUAACUGUAGCAGCUGACAAUGAAGAACAAUAAUAUUUUUAUAAUAUUAUACUUUACAUAUUUUGUGAUAAUCCAUGUUUUUCUUGAUAUUCCGAUGGAAAGUAUUUAUGAGUACAAACACUUGAAGUUUAGAAAUAAACAAGUUUAAAAAGAAUUGGACGUUCUAAUAUGUCUCAAAAUCUAGAAUAUUAUGGGAUCCUUUGUACAAUCUUGGAGAAGUUUAAGAGGAUCUUGAAUAGGAUCCUAUUCAAGAACCUAUAGGAUCCUAUUCAAGGUCCUAUAGGAUCCUAUUCAAGAUCCUAUU